AGACUGUAGUCAGUCAGUCCUCAUCCUGCUUCGGUUUUGUAUCACCGGAGGUCUCGGUGGCUACGUCUGUGCUAGAUAUAUCUUAAAUAAAUUUAAUAAAAGAUACUAAACAUGACUUCCCGCUUCCAACUGGUCGAACAGGGGCCACCGAUCGAGGUUUUUCAGAAGAAUAAAUUGUUUAUUGACGACACGUUUAAAAACAAGGUGAACCUGACCAUAGGCGCAUAUAGGGAUGAAAAUGGAAAACCAUGGGUACUCCCCGUUGUACGCAAGGUGGAGAAACAGAUGGCAGCUGAUGAGACCCUGUUACAUGAAUACCUGCCUGUGCUUGGUUUGGAUCAGUUCUCUAACGCCUCCGUGUCCAUGCUGCUGGGCGAGGACAACCCUGUGAUUGCGAGUGGACGCGCUUUCGGCGUGCAAGUGCUGUCGGGCACCGGCGGGCUGCGCGUGGGCGCCGAGUUCCUGCGCCGCCACCUCAACUACAACACCUUCUACUACUCACAGCCCACUUGGGAGAACCACCACCUGGUGUUCGUGCGUGCCGGGUUCGAGAACCCGCGCACGUACCGAUACUGGAACGCGAAGACACGCACCAUCGACUUCGACGGCAUGCUGGAGGACCUGCGCGCGGCGCCCGAGAACUCGGUCGUCCUGCUGCACGCCUGCGCGCACAACCCCACCGGCAUCGACCCCACGCACGAGCAGUGGGCGAAGAUCGCCGAUGUCUGCGAGGAGCACAAGCUGUUCCCGUUCUUCGACAGCGCGUACCAGGGCUUCGCGUCAGGCGACCUGGACCGCGACGCGUGGGCCGUGCGCUACUUCGUGCAGCGCGGAUUCGAGCUCGUCUGCGCACAGUCCUACGCCAAAAACUUCGGCCUCUAUAACGAGCGCGUGGGCAACCUGGCGGUGGUGGUGGCGGACGCGGCGCUGGCGCCGGCCAUGAAGUCGCAGCUCACGUGGGUGGUGCGCGCCGGCUACUCCAACCCGCCCGCGCACGGCGCGCGCAUCGUCGCCAUCGUGCUCAGCGACAAGCAGCUCUUCGAUCAAUGGAGGGAACACAUCAAGAUGAUGUCGUCGAGAGUGAUCCAGAUGAGAGAAGCCCUGCGAGCCGAGCUCAUCAAGCUGGGCACGCCGGGCACCUGGGACCACAUCGUGAAGCAGAUCGGGCUGUUCUCGUACACGGGCCUGACGCCGCGGCAGGUGCAGUACCUCAUCGAGCAGUACCACAUCUACCUGCUCAACUCGGGCCGCAUCAACAUCUGCGGCCUUAACCCUGGCAACGUGCGCUACGUGGCCGAGGCCAUCCACGACGCCGUCGUCAAGUUUCCCGGCGACGAUGAAGUGUUCGCAAAACUAUAAGAAAUUUUGCGAAUCCUAUGGGAUCGCCGCGCCAAAGCUGUACUAACCUCGUUGGCCACAUCUAAGAUAACAUUGUAAAUGUACCUAGUGUACCUACAAAAGGUCUUGGCAAUUUU